AUGGCACAAAUGAGGCUUGACUUGAUUGACUUGAUUGACUUGAUUGAUAGAUUACGUAGUGAAUCAACCGCCGUAUAUCUCGUAGAUGGUCUCCAGGUCUUCGGGAGAGAUGGCGUCACUACGCGCUUCCAACUACGUAGGCUUUGUAGGGCGGAGAGGAGGUCUGCCUUCAUGCGGAGACGCCUCGUCUCCAGCAAAUCACCCAGCUCGGAGAAGGUCCUCUCACAAUCA